AAUCCCUAAAACCCCGUUGCCCAAAUGGCUUCCAAAACCCUCAAUAAAGAGAUAAGGGAACACAAAAUUUAAAAAAAAAUUCUAGGGCUUUCGGAAUGGCGCUCUCGACAAUGCUCCGCUUCACUACCUCCUCUCUCCUCCGUUCCCGCCUCUCGACCCCCCUCCUCGCCGUCGUCUCAACCCCCAACAGCCUCCGCUUCUACUCGCCAAACCCUAAAAGAUCGCUUAAAGUUCGAUCAUCGAAGCGCAGGAGUAACGAAGAACCAGUCUUGGAUAAGGGAGAAGGUGGGGAGAAUGGGGGUUUGUUGUUGAAGGAGAAGAGUGGUAGGGUUGGUGAUGGGAGAAUCGUGCCGGCCGAGCUUCACAAAGAGGCGACGGAGGCGUACAUGGCGUACGCGAUGUCGGUGCUGCUUGGGCGAGCGCUGCCGGAUGUUAGGGACGGGCUGAAGCCGGUUCAUAGAAGGAUACUGUAUGCCAUGCAUGAAUUGGGCCUCUCAUCUCGAAAGCCACACAAGAAAUGUGCUAGGGUUGUAGGAGAGGUUUUAGGUAAGUUCCAUCCCCAUGGAGACAAUGCUGUUUACGAAUCUUUAGUGAGAAUGGCACAGGAUUUCUCUUUGCGGUUUCCUCUUAUUCGGGGGCAUGGAAACUUUGGAUCAAUUGAUGCUGAUCCUCCCGCGGCCAUGCGCUACACUGAAUGUAGAUUGGAAGCACUUACAGAAGCGAUGCUAUUAACUGACUUGGAACUUGAUACGGUUGACUUUGUUCCAAAUUUUGAUAAUUCACAAAAAGAACCAUCCUUGUUACCCGCUCGCAUCCCAAAUUUGUUGUUGAACGGAUCUUCUGGAAUUGCGGUUGGAAUGGCAACUAAUAUUCCACCACAUAAUCUUGGGGAACUUGUGGAUGCACUUUCUGCUUUGAUCCGUAAUCCAGAAGCUACACUCCAAGAAUUGUUGGAACACAUGCCUGGACCUGACUUCCCAACUGGAGGACUAAUCAUGGGGAAUAUUGGUAUUUUAGAGGCAUAUAGAACUGGACGAGGACGCGUAGUCGUGAGAGCAAAGACUGAUAUGGAAGUGCUAGAUGAGAAAACAAAACGCACUGCCAUAAUAAUUAAAGAGAUUCCUUACCAAACCAAUAAAUCCGCGCUGGUCGAAAAAAUUGCGGAGCUUGUUGAAGAUAAGACCAUAGAAGGCAUAAGUGAUAUUCGUGACGAGAGUGACCGUUCCGGUAUGCGCAUAGUUAUUGAGUUAAAAAGAGCUGCAGAUCCAUCAAUAGUCCUUAAUAAGCUUUUCCGUCAUACAGCUCUUCAAUCUAGCUUUAGCUGCAACAUGGUAGGUAUCCUCAAUGGUCAGCCAAAGCUAAUGGGCUUGAAAGAAUUGCUUCAGGCCUUUCUUGAUUUUAGAUGCUCCAUCAUCGAAAGGCGUGCCAAAUUUAAGCUCUCACAGGCAGAACAAAGGAGACAUAUUGUAGAGGGCAUCAUCGUGGGUCUUGAUAAUUUGGAUGGAGUUAUACAUAUAAUCAAAGAAACAUCAAGCAAUGCGAUGGCAACAACUGCUUUGAUGAAAGAAUAUCACUUAUCUGAAAAACAAGCUGAGGCUUUAUUGGAUAUUACCUUAAGAAAACUGACUUCUUUUGAGAGAAAAAAAUUUGUGGACGAACAUAACUCUUUGACAGAACAAAUUUCCAAGCUAAAUGAGCUCUUGCUAAGUAAAAAACUCAUAUUCCAGCUCAUAGAGCAAGAAGCAAUUGAAAUUAAGAACAAAUUUGGGACUCCAAGGCGCUCAUUGCUGGAAGAUGCUAGUGCAGGACAACUUGAGGAUAUAGACGUUAUUCCAAAUGAAGAAAUGCUUCUGGCAUUCAGUGAAAAAGGCUAUGUUAAGCGGAUGAAGCCUAACACAUUUAACCUACAACAUCGUGGAACUAUUGGAAAAUCUGUUGGAAAAAUGCGAGUAAAUGACUCAAUGUCAGACUUCCUUGUCUGUCAUGCCCAUGACCAUAUCCUUUAUUUCAGUGAUAGGGGAAUAGUUUAUUCGGCUCGUGCAUAUCGGAUACCUGAAUGUACUCGGAAUGCUGCAGGAACUCCAUUGGUCCAGUUGUUGUCACUAUCUGAGGGAGAAAGGAUAACCUCUGUCAUUCCUGUUAGUGAAUUUCCUGGAGACCAGUACCUACUAAUGCUUACUGUCAAUGGUUACAUCAAGAAAGUUUCUUUAAAUGCCUUCUCAGCAAUCAGAGUAACAGGAAUUAUAGCGAUACAACUGGUUCCUGGUGAUGAGCUGAAAUGGGUGCGCCGAUGUGCGGAUGAUGAUCUUGUCGUGAUAGCUUCUCAGAAGGGGAUGGUUAUUGUAAAUUCAUGUAAUACGCUUCGGGCAUAUGGGAGAAAUACAAGGGGUCUUAUUUCCAUGAGAUUGAAGGAAGGGGACAAAAUGGCAGCGAUGGACAUAAUACCUGCUGCUAUCCAUAAAGAUCGGAAACAAUUAAACAAAGACUCUGUAAACCAGAGUAGGGAUGUUCGACCUCCAUGGCUGUUAUUCGUGUCAGAAAGUGGUCGUGGUAAGCGUGUGCCUCUGAGUAGCUUCCGUGAAUCAAAUUUUAACAGAGUGGGCUUGAGAGGUUACAAGAUUCCAGCAGAUGGUCGACUAGCUGCAGUUUUUGUGGUUGGGUUUUCACUAGCAGAUGAUGGUGAAAGCGAUGAACAAUUAGUCUUAGUCAGCCAAAGUGGAACCAUAAACAGAAUAAAGGUUCGAGAUAUAUCUAUUCAAUCUCGGGUGGCAAGGGGAGUUAUUUUGAUGCGGUUAGAGCAUGCUGGAAAAAUCCAAUCUGCUUCCUUGAUUUCUGCAAUGGAAGAUGAAGUGCUGGCUGAAGAUCAAGUAUGACGUAUGUUUUGGUCAGAAUUGUGUUGCAUUAAAAUGCAAGUAGACCGUGAAAGCUUAUCAGGUAACAGAAGCUCGAUAGUGAAGUUUGAAGGCACGUUGCAUGAUCUCGCAGAAGACAGGUUUCAUAUGCUUCAUAUAACGGUCUCUAAUUUAUCUGCAGCUGUAAAGGGGUGGGCUUUUACAGCGAUUUUGAUCAUCAACCGUCACAAUCUUGUACACCAUGUAAAAUGACGUGUAAGUUCAUUUUAUCCAGAUCUAUAGUUUAGUCUAUUCCAUUGUUCCCCAAUAUAUUAAAGGAUGUCACUAAACUGCCUAACUAGCGUUGAUCCUAUUAGCUUUGGUACGUCAGCUAAGAGAGGAGUACUAAGAUGAGCUGUAUGAUGGUUCUACAGCCAAGGAAUGAGUCCCAAGUCAAUAUUUAAGUAAUUUGAAUCCCCAUCAAAUAAUUUGAUUAUA